AUGGCUUUUCUUGUAGCCUGUCUUCUUGCCUUUGCAUUUAUCCUGAAUGCUGAAGCACAAUCAGCACCAUCUAAUAUAAGCCCUGGAUCUUCUUUAACACCCAAUUCCAACUCCUCAUGGUUGUCAAGCUCUGGUGUGUAUGCCUUCGGCUUCUAUAAGCAAGGCGAUGGCUAUGCUGUGGGGAUAGUACUUGCUGGAAUGCCUGAAAAGACUGUAGUCUGGACUGCAAACCGCGAUGACCCCUUGGUCUCGGACAAUGCCACCUUGCUCUUAACAGCUGACGGGCUUUCUUUGCAACCAACACAAGGGAAACCAUUGGUGACAAGUAUUACUCAGGCAGUUUUCUCUGCUUCCAUGCUUGAUUCCGGUAACUUUGUACUAUACAACUCUGAUCAGGAAAUAGAAUGGCAAAGUUUUGACUCUCCAACUGAUACCCUUUUGCCGAAUCAAACUUUGAGAGCAGGGGAAGAGCUUUACUCUGCUAAAUCCAAGACUAAUAGCUCAACUGGCAUUUUCCGUCUCAGUAUGCAACGCGAUGGUAACCUUGUUCAGUACCCGGUAGCUACCACGGCAGCUACCACGGAUGAUGCUUACUAUGCAACUGGCACAUAUUUAAGGGGAGACAAUGUGACACUACAUUUGGAUGCUGAUGGCCAUCUCUACUUGGUGAACAACACUGGUUUCACUAUCUUCAAUCUUACGAAGGGAGGUGAUCCUGCUGAUCAAGGGAAAUCUUAUCUCAUGAGACUUGAUGUAGACGGAAUUUUUCGCUUGUAUUCGUAUAGUUUGAAGCAGAAUGGAAACUGGUCAAUUGAGUGGGAAUCUAGUUUAGAUCAGUGUAACCCUUUAGGUCUAUGCGGAUAUAAUAGUUACUGUGUCACGAUGGAUCUAGAAGCUGAAUGCAAAUGCCUUCCCGGAUUUGAGCCUAUCACCCCAGGGGAUCAGACUUCAGGCUGUGGGAGGAAUAUGGUUGCAGAUGUUUGCAAUUCAGAGAAUGAAAAUUUCACAUGCAUCAUGCAAGAACUGCCCAACACAAGAUGGAAAAAUUAUGCAUACAUGACUUUGUCCUUAUCAGACAAAGAAGAAUGCAACAAGGCCUGCUUGGAGGAUUGCAACUGUGAAGCUGCACUUUUCGCAGAUGGAAGCUGCAGAAAGCAGAGGCUUCCUUUGACCUAUGGAAAAAGAAAGUUAGACACUUCAAACUCAGCUUUCAUCAAGGUUGGUAUUUCUAAAACUCCAGCUACAGAUGAUUUCCUUAUAGAGGGAAGCAAGAAAAAUGGUCGAGUUGUAGUCCUUAUUCUUGGAGUUUCAUUUACUGCUUUUGGGACAAUUUUGUUGGUGAGCUCUGUAAUUGCAGUUUGGAAACAUAAAGUUUGGGGUUAUAAAAGGAUGAAUCAGCUCAAUGGUGAUGUUGAAUGGAAUGAGGAGGAUGUGGCUCCGCGACCAUAUGCGUAUGAACAGCUAGAGAAGAUGACUGAUAAUUUCAAGGAGGAGGUUGGUAGAGGAGCUUCUGCAACAGUUUAUAAAGGGGUGAUGCUGAGUAGCCAAAGGCUAGUUGCUGUGAAGAAGCUAGAUAAAGUUGCAGCAGAAGGAGAAAAAGAAUUCCAGACUGAGAUGAAAGUUAUUGGAAAAACCCAUCACCGCAGUUUAGUACGUUUGCUUGGGUACUGCCUGGAUGGACCAAAGAAGCUUCUGGUAUAUGAGUACAUGAGCAAUGGAUCACUUGCAGAUAUACUCUUCAAACAUGAAAGGAAACUUUAUUGGGAAGAAAGAAUGGGAAUUGCUCGAAACAUUGCACGAGGCUUUCUUUAUAUGCAUGAAGAAUGUGAUACACAGAUCAUCCACUGUGACAUAAAGCCUCAGAACAUACUGAUGGAUGAGAACAUGUGCCCCAAAAUCUCGGACUUUGGUUUGGCAAAGCUGCUUCAGCAAGACCAGACUAGAACCACUACCGGCAUUAGAGGGACAAAAGGGUAUGUUGCGCCUGAGUGGCAUAGGAAAAUGCCUAUAACAGUUAAAGCAGAUGUUUACAGCUUUGGAAUUGUGCUGUUGGAGAUUGUAUGUUGUCGAAGGAAUGUGGACUGGAGUCUACCUCAGGAGGAAGCUAUCUUGGAUGAAUUAGUUUACCAUUACUUCGAGAGUGGUGAGCUCAGCAAAUUGGUUAGGGAUGAAGACAUAAACCGAAGGCAAUUUGAAAGGGCAAUUAAAGUGGGACUUUGGUGCAUACAGGAUGAACCAUCACUUCGUCCGUCUAUGAAGAAAGUUCUGCUUAUGUUGGAAGGGACUGUAGACAUCCGAGUUCCUCCUAAUCCAAGUUCGUUUCUCAGUACCAUCUAA